AUGUUAAAAGAAGUAAUCGAAUAUUCAAAAACUCAAGUUGAGAAACGAAAAGAAGCGUUAGAAAAAAACAAUUUCAACCGAAUCGAUUUUGCCGAUCUUUAUGGUGCUUUGGCUUCUGAAGUGUACUGUGCAAGAAAAGUGCGAGUCGGAACAAUCGGUGACGGCGGAAAAUGGAUUUGCGACCCGUGGAGCAUCCCGAAAAACUGCGUUAUAUUUUCGCUUGGACUAAACAACCAAGUUCAAUUUGAUGAAGAUAUUCAAGAAAUUAUCCAAAAUCGUUGCAAGAUAUACGGCUUUGAUAAUGAAGAACAAAAUGAUUUAACAAAACUGAAAUUUUCGAAGAUAAAUGGUGCUACGAAAGUUGCAUUGAUCAGUGAAACGACAAACAGGGCACUUAAUAAAUUUACAAUAAGUGAUCUUGCAAAAGAUGCAAAUGUUAAAUCGAUAGAAAUUUUAAAAAUUGAUAUCGAGUCAGCAGAACAUUCAGUGUUAAUACCAUUCCUUGAGAAAUAUACCAUUUGUCAGAUUCUAAUAGAAAUCCAUGGGAUGGCGCAUAGACAUAAAACGCUAUUACUCAAAAUUGGAAAAUUAAAAUAUCGCCUAUUUUCCUACGAAGUCAACGGAUUUGAUAUCAAAGCAUGUGAGUACAGCUUCAUCCAUGAAAGUUGCAUCGAAAAGUACAACGCAAUCCGGAUAUCCUACUUUUUGGAAUAA